AUGUCGCCUUCUACUCAAUCUUUCAUCGUUGACGCUGCCUUGUUCGACAUGGAUGGCACGCUGGUCGAUAGCAUCGCUGCAGUCGAGAAGGCCUGGGGCAAUGUUGCCGAAGAAAUUGGCCAAGAUCCCGAGUAUGUUAUCGCUGCGACUCAUGGGAAGCGUGCGAUCGACAAUUUGCGGCAAUUCAAGCCUCAUCUCAAGCCUGAAGAAAUGGACAAUGCAGUCUCCCAAUUCGAGCAAACCAUUCUCGACUUUGCUGACGAGUACAACAAGAAGACCAGCUCCUACCAGUCUUCAGUUAUUUCUUCUCCGGCGACAAUGACUCCGUCCAGCUCCGCCCCUUCAUCCCGCCGCUCCUCGCGUGCAAACUCUUUGUUUGAACAAGACGCCUACGACGUCAAGUUCAGAAACCAACUUUCUGGGUUCGCAAUCCCCGAAUCCGCUAUUGAAGAGGAGGCCGCUGUUGAUGGAAUCACUGAAGAUAUUCGUGCCGCCUGGAACGCAGAGCACGAGCUCAUUGACCGAUCAGUGCGCAUUCUCCCUGGAGUUCGCGACAUGAUUGACUCGAUUCCCGAGGGCCGUUAUGCAGUCGCAACCUCUGGUGCUAAAACUUAUGCUUAUGGUGCCAUGUCUCGCGUCGGUAUCAUCCCACCUCAGGUCACCAUUACCGCCUGUGACAAGCGUCUGAAGGCUGGAAAGCCCGCUCCCGACCCGUUCAUCCUUGCUGCUGAGUGCCUUGGAUAUGACCCCAAGCGAUGUGUUGUUUGGGAAGAUUCUCCAUCUGGCAUUCGCGCUGGAGUCGCCAGUGGUGCUACCGUCAUUGCAGUCUGCACCUCUCACACUCGCGAUAAGAUCUCCAACUGUGGUGCUCACUACAUCGUUGAGAAUAUGGAGAGUGUCGGCUGUGAUGUGCAGCCCGAUGGCCGCCUCAAGUUCACCAUUACUUCCGAUGUAUAA